AUGCAAUCACUCGUGCUUUGCCCCCCGAGCCUUACCCCCUCCCAGUUUGGACAGCCCCGGUUCAACUCGGGCCCAGAGCGGCUACCGUUGAAUCGCCCUUGGUCUACCAAUGCUCGAGGGUGCAGCCCCCGGGCUUCUUCACCCCGUCAACCGAUGCCUGGGUCUCCUCCGGAGGAGGAGCCCUCGCAGAUAUCCGGCGAGAAACCGGCAGCCCAACCAGCAUCUGAACCCGUAGCAGCUACUACGGUUGAGGAGACGGGCACUGGGACGUCACAGCAGCUGCCUGCAGUUAGGGAGGCUCUGCCUCCACGGGCACCACCACCAAGGCAUGGCGAGCAAAGUGCGUUCCCGCCGUUAUUGACCUCUUCUUUACCUCCGCCAGCGCCGUCAUAUCCAGUGCCGAAGGUGGAAGCCUCUACGUCGGUAACGACAGCUCGCUCAUUGGGUCCUAAGUCGACUCGCCGCACAAAAGCACAUGUGGCUUCGGCUUGUGUUAACUGCAAGAAGAAGCACCUCGGAUGUGAUUCGGCACGCCCAUGUCGACGAUGUGUUCUCGCCGGCAAAGCUGUAAAGGCACAAGCAGCCGCAAACUCGCGGCGCACUCCUACGCACCGUGCCACGUCUUCACGCGAAAUACGCCCUGUGACGGAUUUACGGGAACUGGGGGAAGUUAGCUCCCCUGUGAUCGGAGGGCGAGCGCCGCGCGACCAGCAGCACCGAUGGUCUGCUUCUGUCUUUCCUCUUACUCGGCCCAUGGACCCUGCUGCAUCGAUUCCAGGAGCUGCAGCUCGACGACCGUUUUCUUCGGGAUCAGCAAUCCCGCCGGCACUGAGCCAGCCGCCGCCUGCCUUUGCCCCGAUGGCAGGAGGCUUCCAUCCUAUUCUGACAGGUAAUAUGCCAGCUGGCAUGGAAAGACGCUUCCCUCCAUAUAUUGGGCCAGCAUUGCCACCACCUACAUCUCCAUCUCAGCAUCAACCAUCGCUUGGUGUUCCUCUGCUUUCGUAUUCCGACAUUCGACCUCCGAUGGGCGAUCCUCGCCUUGCUCAUACUCCCCGCGAAGGGCACAUUGACUCACCAGUUCGACUUCCUCCGAUCCACCAAGCAACAGCCAGCUCUAGCAUGCCUCACCAUGCACACCGAUUAAGCGAUCCAUAUCCAACCACUUGGUCUCUAUCCGGUCGAGAAGAAGGUCUGCAGGAACUUCGGCCAGCAGAUCAGCUUCACCGACCUAUAUUUUCACAUCCAUUCUCCCAUCAACGAUCUUCUUCUUCAACGGCAGGCCCCGUCGAUCUUACACCUAGACAUACCGGAACAAUCGAGCUGCCUUCCACAGCACCUCCAGGCCAGUCCCCUUCGACAGGUACGCGAAUUGAACCGUCAAGUACCGAAGCCAAAAGCCAGGAACCACGCCCUUUUAAGCGACGAAAAAUGGCCUUGGAUGACAUGGUCAACGACUAG